GGGGAGCGCCCCCUGCCGCGCCCCCACACUGGGGAGUUGGGAGAGUGUCGGGCCCUCACGGGAGCCCCAGGGCGCGCCUGGCCCCCGCGCUGGUCGACGUUAGGCCGUGUCUGACCGCUGUGAGGUGGCUGCGGCACCUUACCCUGCUGCCCCCCACCGGCCUGUGGGCAGGAGCUAGAUGUUGCUGCCCCACGCGGGAGGAUUUGGGCGAAGCUCCUGGGACCCAGCAGUGCCUGGCAAACUUCAGAAGAAAAAACAAAAUGUAACUGGACUACAGGGGGUGACAGGAGAAUGGUUUGAAGAAAUACAGAGAAAAAAAUUUCGGAAUGACAUUGACGUCAACAGACUGUUAAAACGGCCACUAGCACAUUGGCUACGAAAGACAUCAAGAAACGAUCCUAACGAGUUUAAAAUGUCAUCUCUCCCAAAUCCACAAGCACAAAAGAAUGUCUCAUCUUCCAUUCUUGGAUUCAGAAGUCCUUUUGCUUCACUCUUCUCCUUCAAAAAAUCAAGGAAGCACAAUUUAAAGCAUCAAACUCAGCAGCAGCCCCGAUAUGACAGCUUUGCUUUGGGCGCCCAGACUUCCAAAGUUGAGGAUAUGGCACACGCUGAAACAUGCAACUCAUCUUUACCAGCUGAACUGCCUGGUAAUGUAUUUGAUGCAAGCCAAGCUGAAAUGGAGAAUUGUGCACCUGUAUGGAAUGAACAGCUAGAAAAAGAACUCUUCCAUGGAAGAACACAGUUCAAAGUGGAAAUUAAAGCACUUUCCUCCAGUGAAAUCAUCAGGAUCCACAUCCCUAGCCUUUUGGAUAGGAAUGAUGGGUCAUUUCUUAUACUGUAUCGGAUGUAUGGGAGUGUCAACGAAGGGUUAAAGAUUGAGGUACUUUAUGGUAAUGAACAUGUAGCUCAAUCUCCUUAUAUUUUGAAAGGGCCUGUUUAUCAUGAGUAUUGUGAGUGUCCAGAAGAAGAUUCUCAGACCUGGCAGAAUAUUCUCUCUUGUCCAUCCCAGGAGCCUCAAGUUACUAAGGACUUCACUUCUUUUCCCACCAUCAACCUUCAGCGGAUGCUUCAUGAAGUCCCAACAAGGUUUGGGCAAACAAGAGGUGCUAUUGUUCAUUACACUGUUCUCAAUAAUCACAUCUACCGCCGUUCUAUAGGGAAGUACACAGACUUCAAAAUGUUCUCAGAUGAAAUGUUGCUUUCAUUGGCAAGAAAGGUUCGUCUCCCUGAUGUAGAGUUUUAUCUUAAUGUUGGAGACUGGCCAAUGGAACAUCGAACAGCUAACGAUACACCUGGCCCUAUACCUAUCAUUUCAUGGUGUGGUUCUGUGGAUUCAAGAGACCUAGUCCUUCCAACUUAUGAUAUAACCCGUUCAACACUUGAAACCCUGCGUGGUGUUACAAAUGACCUCCUUUCUAUUCAAGGAAACACAGGCCCUUUCUGGCACAACAAAACGGAGCUAGCUUUCUUCAGAGGUCGAGACAGCCGAGAAGAACGUCUUCAAUUGGUGCAGCUAUCUAAAGAGAAUCCAGAGCUACUAGAUGCUGGAAUAACAGGAUAUUUCUUCUUCCGAGACAAGGAGAAAGAGCUGGGAAAGGCUCAGUUGAUGGGAUUCUUUGACUUCUUUAAGUACAAAUAUCAAGUGAAUGUAGAUGGGACAGUAGCAGCAUACAGAUUUCCGUACCUCAUGUUGGGUGACUGUCUAGUACUGAAACAAGCCUCUCAAUUCUAUGAGCACUUCUACAGUGAAUUAAAACCAUGGAAACAUUAUAUUCCAAUUAAAAGAAGCCUUGGUGAUUUGCUAGAAAAAAUUAAAUGGGCUAAGGAAAAUGAUGAUGAAGCUAGGAAGAUUGCUAAAGAAGGACAAUUAGUUGCAAGAGAAUUACUACAGCCUCACAGGCUUUACUGCUAUUAUUACAAAGUGUUCCAGAAAUAUGCCAAACACCAAGCUAACAAACCUGAAAUAAGAGAUGGGAUGGAACUUCUACCCCAGCCUGAUAACAGCGCUUCCAUUUGCCACUGCCACAGAAAAAAGCCUUUAAGGGAAGAUUUGUAACUGUACCAGAUGAAGAAAACCAUUCCUGUUUCACUAGCGAUGCAAAAAAUAAUAUAUAUCAGAUUUAAACUGUGAAAUCUAGGAUAUAUUUUUGCACUGGGGAACACUCUUGAUUAUGUACUUUUAUUGUAUUUACGCACUGUUACUGUGCCUAUGAUAUACAAAUUAGUACAAACUCUUCUAUAGGAACAUUUAACAUUCAACAAAACAGUAUUAAAUUUCUCCAUUAAGUCAUCUGCUGAUUUCUAUUUUCUACUGAAAAUAGUUCUUUAAAAACACAAAUUAUUCUACCACAGUAUUAAGAUGGCUACUAAAUAUACAGCAAAUCUGUAACUGUAAACACAAAGUGGAUCAAUUUAGAUAUGUGAGGUUCAAAUCUGGUAUUGCAUCUGAUGAUUUUUGAUGGCCCAUGUCAGGUAAAUCUUGUGAUCUCCAUUCAGUUUCGAGUGACAAGAAUGAGAUUGGAUGUAAAAAAUGGUGGUGAUAUUCUUCCAAGGUCCACUUUUGACCAAAAUGACAUUGUGUAGAUACUCAAAAUACAAUCUUAAUAUGGUCAGGGUACUACCUUAAAACUCAAGAGAUCUGUGUUUGAUUUCCUGCUCUGCUGCAGCUUUAUGUGUGGGCAAGGCACUCAGGCAAUGUCUCUGCUACAGGUCCUGUGCCAGGAGAGCUUCUUAAUGUAGCUACAGUGUAAGCCAACAAGAGGAGUUCUGCCAACACAGUAAUCUCUCUUCUCCAAUCAUUAUCAACUAUGCUCACUGCAACAUAGCUUUGUCAACACUGAGUGUUGGGUUUUUUUCAUAUUCCUACCUGAUAUGUAUGUUGGCAUAAUUUUAUGGUGUGGACCAUGUGUUAACCCUGGCCUACAUUUCAAAUUUAGAUUGACCUACCUAUGUCAGUUAGGUGAGAAAUUCACACCCCUGCCUGGCAUAGUUAAAAUGACCCAACCACCUGGUGUAGAUGCAGCUGUUAGCUACUGCAGCUAAAAGGUGGCUCACCUACAUAGACAGAACCCUUUCAUCAAUAUAGGAACAGCCAUGGCAAACUUUAAACUUCAAUAAUUACCAUGGUUAAAUAUACUGGUAGCCAAAACAUGUUGUUGUAUGUUUAUUUCUUGUUUAGUUGGACAGAAAAUAAUGCUAUAAUAAUGUUAGAGAAUCACAUUUUAGCUAGUUAUAUAUACAGACAUGAUUACAAAUAAUCUCUCUCCUCUCCACACAGGAAAAAAAAUAGCUACAUUUUAAAACAUGGUUUGGACACUCAUGUAUCACUACUGUAAUUAAUUAUGGUUAUUUUUGUAGUCCACACAGGAUCAUAGAAGACAAAAAUAUAAAGUUACCAUUUCCAAUCACACUAUCAAUGGAAAGACAGAUUUAUAUUAUUCCUUGUCCCCUCUACUCCAGUAUCCCACCCUAGUUAUCACUGCUACAUUUAAAUGGAAAAAUACUUCAGUACUGUCUUCUAGAUCAACAAAAUGACCUCCUCACUCUUUACAGAUACUACAGUAUUUGACUUUUUUAUAAUGUCUAGGUUUUUUACAUAUUUGUAAUCUUUUCUGUUGUACCGUAUUUUAAAUAUCAGCACAUCUUCCUUUUGAGUGAAGUACACUGAAAACAGGUUUAGAACAAUUGUUAAUUGAUAGGGUGAAUGCCAGGACAGGUUUAAAGGCUACUUCUCUGUCACAUGACUCAUCAUGGAUUUAAGAAAGCGUUGUAUCUUCUUUCAGAAAGGCAAGGGGAAAAGCAGGGAGGAGGGAAAAUCACUUUGGUUUUUUACAAUUCAUAGCUUUCUGUGUUUUGAACAAUAAAUUGGGUCCUGAGACUUA